AUGGCGGUCAUGGAUCAACACCAAGAUGAUUUCUCUAAUGUCUCCUGGAAUACGGACGAGCACACUGCUGCCGAAAGCUCGAGUUCAGUGACGGCCACUGAGUAUGAUGAGGAUGCCGAUAGAAACGGACACCAUGCCUACGAAAGCGAUGCACCUGGUAAUGACGACGACCGGGAAGUUCUGGACUGCACAGUCUCUGAGCCGCUCAAGGAAAAUGAAGGCUCCAAAGAUACCUUUGUUUCCUACCUCAUCACCACCAACACCACAUUCCCCUCCUUCCAGAGAUCGCAUACCACAGCCCGGCGACGGUUUACCGACUUUGUCUUCUUGUAUAAGGCACUAAGCAGAGACUACCCUACCGCCGCGGUUCCUCCUCUCCCCGAUAAACAGCGUAUGGAAUAUGUUAGUGGCAACCGCUUCGGGCCGGACUUCACCAACCGCCGAGCGCAUUCGCUGCAACGCUUCCUGAACCGCCUAUCCCUCCACCCCGUCCUCCGUCGAGCUGAUAUCCUUCACAUUUUCCUCGAGAGUCCGGACUGGAACGCCACAAUGCGCAGUCGCAGCCUCAGAGGAUCCCAGAGCAGCGAUGCCGGAAGCAGCGGCGUGUUUGACAACCUUACCGAUAGCUUCCUCAAUGCCUUUUCCAAGGCCCACAAGCACGACAAGCGGUUCUUGGAGGUCCGGGAAAGAAGCGACAAACUUGACGAGGAUUUGGCCCACAUCGAGAAGGUUGUAGCGCGCGUGGCGCGCCGGGAGAACGAUCUCGAACUGGACUUCAAGGAUCUGGCAGAGCAAUUCCAGAAGCUCAUCACUCUGGAGCCUGGUAUUGAGAGCGAAGUCCGACAUUUCGCCAACUCGAUCGAGGACACUGCUAUGGGCCUGCGAAAGUUGAAGGAUGUCACUGAUGGAGACUACCUCGGCAGUCUCCGGGACAUGCAAGCGUACAGCACGGCACUGAAGAGCCUGUUGAAGGCGCGAGAGCAGAAGCAGGUGGACUACGAGCAGCUCACGGAGUAUCUUAACAAGAACACUGUCGACAGGGACCAGCUCCAGUCCGGCCAUGGCUCCGGAGGCCUGUCCGGUGCCAGCGGCCGACUGAUGCGCAAGCUCGAAGACGUGCGUGGAGUCGAUCACGAGCAGGCCCGUCGCGAUCGCCAAAGGAAGCUGGAGAUGAACAUUGACAAGCUUACUACCGAGGCGGAGCGAGCCAAGAAGACGAGCGAAAUGUUCGACGACGAGGUGGUCAAGGAGGUCGCCGACUUUGAGCGAAUCAAGCGAGUCGAGUUCAAGAAGCAGCUCGGAGGCCUAGCCGACUCCCACAUUGAAUUCUACGACGAAGUUACGGAAAUCUGGGAGAGCUACGUCAAGGCGAUGGAGGAGCAAGGCGUUUCGGGCACCCGCAGCACCGGUGUUGAGCCUCCUGGUCGCCGGUUGGCGGAGUAG